AUGUUUAACGAAGGAGCUCCUGAGUUUGUUGUUGAUCAAAGCAUGUAUUACCCUGCUCCCACCAAUUAUGGUUUUUACUGUACAGGAUUUGAAUCACCCGGUGAAUGGGAGGACUACCCUAGGAUUUUUGGUGUAGACGGUCCUGAUAUUCAGUAUACGGGUGCGCAAGAUGAAAGUUUUCCAUAUGUAUAUUUUACACCUAGCUAUGGAUUUGCACAGUCUCCAUACAAUCCAUACAAUCCUUAUAUUCCAGGUGCUAUGAUGGGAGUUGAUGGGUCAUUUGGAGGAGCGCAACAGUAUUACUCCAUCCCCAAUUACCAAAGCCCUAUUUCUGCACCAGCUUAUUUUCCUCAGGUUCAAUCAGAACAUUUUCAUGACAGUUCUGUUGAUCCAUUAUUUGACAACAGUGCUUCUGUCAAUAGACCUGAUGGAAGAGGUACGAACCAUAAGUUCAAUUCAGCCUCUGCUGCUUUUACUAUGAACUCUUCAAAACCAUUAUCAAGUCAGACAAGUUCCUUAGUCUGGGAACCUGAGGGGCCAAGAGCUGAUGCUUUGGCAAAGAAGGAUUUGACAAAUGGAAGCGGCCCUAACAGUGGUUUUCCUAAUUUUGCUUCAUCACCUUAUCAUCAGGCUAGAAGUGCAGAUGUCUCAUUCCAGCCUAAAGAUACUUUUUCCAAUGGAAAUGUUUUGUCCCAUCGUAAUCAAUUGAAUGUAGCUGCCCCAAUGAGUAAUGGGUUUUCUGACUAUGGAUUGAAUGCUUCUGGACAGUCUGCAAUUGCUAAAUUUCGGCCAAAGGUUCAUGCUGCUAAAGUUCCGGGUGAUUUAAAUAGGGGCAGUGAUGUAUUAUUGGGUGAGCUAAAUCGGGGCCCUAGAACUAGUAGGCCGAAACAUCAUAUGGCUGUCAAAGCCUAUACAGCCAAGGCAGGAGAUGCCAACACUCAAGAGAACAUUAUUUAUACUGAUCAAUAUAACAGGGAGGACUUUCCUAUUGACAAUGAAAUUGCGAAGUUUUUUGUUAUAAAAUCAUACAGUGAGGAUGAUGUUCACAAAAGCAUUAAGUAUAAUGUGUGGUCAUCAACUCCCCAUGGAAACAAGAAACUGCAGAGUGCCUUUGAAGACUCUAGGAGAAAAGCUAUUGGAAAAUCUGGAGGCUGUCCUAUCUUUCUUUUCUUUUCAGUUAAUGCCAGUGGUCAAUUUUGUGGAGUUGCUGAGAUGGUUGGUCCUGUUGACUUUGAUAAGGAUGUGGACUUCUGGCAGCAAGAUAAAUGGAGUGGGAGCUUCCCUGUAAAGUGGCACAUCAUAAAAGAUGUGCCAAAUACCAAUUUUAGGCACAUUAUACUAGAGAACAACGAGUUCAAGCCUGUAACUAAUAGCAGAGACACACAAGAGAUAAUGUAUAGGAAGGGUCUGGAAAUUCUGAAGAUAUUCAAAAAUUAUACUUUGAAGACAUCUUUGCUUGAUGACUUUAUGUACUAUGAAAACCGACAGAAGGUCAUGCAGGAGGAGAAAGCUAAAUUUCUAAGCAAGAAUUUUGGAAGUCCAUCAUCAAUAUCAGUGUUGGAGCCGCCUCGAAAGCUGACUUAUGCUUUUGAAAUUCCUCCUGUCAGUGAUGAGAAAAAUUCGAAGAUGGACGAUCUCGAUAGCUUAAAACAUACUUCAAUUUCAAGUGUUGGAGCUACUGUUAAUAGUUCCGAUGCCACCAGCAAUGCAUCUGUUGAUGAAAAGGCCGAGACAGGUGAAGUUGAUAGCCAAGAUAUUUCUUCUGUCCUGAAGAUUGGUUCUGUCACUAUUACCCCGAAACAGGUACCAAUUGAUGUUGUCACAGUAGGCUCAAUGCAAGUUAAAGUUAAUGGAUUUUCCGAGUCUCCUGGUGUUUUAAAGGUUGGGAGUACCCCACUUGAUUCCAGAUCUCUACAGGCAGGCAAAGGAACCUCUGACAUCAACAAUGGAUCUCAACCUUAA